UUAAGUCAGAGUAAAUAUUCUCCUUUGAAGUUUCAAAACGCACGCGCACAAAGUCACAUUUCCUGGUUUCUCCGAUCGCUAAAACAGCCAUGGCCGACGAGAUUGAACUGAAAACUGCCCCUGCGGAUUUUCGAUUUCCUACAACAAAUCAAAGUCGACAUUGUUUUACCCGGUACAUUGAGUUUCACAGGUGCUUGGCAGCAAAGGGUGAAGAAUCUAAUGAAUGCGAACGAUUUGCGAAACAUUAUCGCUCUCUUUGCCCCGGUGAAUGGGUUGAUAAGUGGAAUGAGCAGAGAGAGAGCGGAACAUUUCCAGGUCCUCUUUGAUAAAAUGCAGUAAGAAUUGGAGUGAAUGUCUCUGGCAACAUUGCUCUGUUUUGUUGUUUGUUUAGCUCAUUGUGGUUAUCACUUGGCCAUGAAUUAAUAAAUGAACCACUGGGAAUUUUUUUGAGUUCAUGAAGUGCUGGAUUUAUUGACCAAUGUUCUGGUUUCUGUCCUUUUUUUGGUAAUUCUUUUUAUUUCAUGUCUUCAUAUUGUCUUUCA